AUGGCCGUGCGCUUGGUGGCCUUCUGCAUCCUGUCCACGUGGCCAGCCGGCGCGCACGCGCAAAAGCAGGCACCGUUCAAGGUCAGCGCGCAAGUUGUGAGCGGUUGGCCGCGGACGCCUUCAGCUGCGCAAUCGCUGGAGUGGAUUCGUGAUGUCGAUGUCAACCAGGCAUCGAGCUUCUUGCACAGCUUGGGCAACUCGACCCUUCCACCCAGCCAGAACAGCGGUGAGCUGGCAGCAGCAGAGGCGUUGUUGACAUCCAGCUCGGCUCGCACCUACCACGAGCUGUUGGUACACAACUCGUACUACUCUCCGCGCAUCGAGUCUUUGAGAUCACUGGAGAGAACGGACAGGAAGCUCUACGGCAAGGACUGCCCUGCUGGCCAAGCCUGGGCGCUUCUGUGGUCCAGUGGCACAGCACCCCCAACAAGGGCGUGCAGUGCCGAGGCUCUGCAGAAGGAGCUCCGUGCAGGAGGCCCUGGAGGAUUGGCUUCGGGCUUUGCCGCCAGCCGCCUGGACCUUCAGCUGCGGGUUGGUUCAGCCGGAGUCGCGGUCAUCUACGGGGCCGUGAGCUCCAAGGGCCUCCACAGCCUGGCCCCCUUGCUCCAGCAGGUUCAUGCAAGGGUCCUUCUGGCCAUGGUGGGCCGUGCAGACACCCGACUGGCGAAAGAUGCCCGCACACGGGUGCCGCAGAUCUUUCGGGCCAGCGCCAGCUUCGGUGUCACCCUUGCGGCUGCCCUCCACGGAGCCGGCCGAAGCGGUAGAGUCCUGCGCGCGGUGGGUGGGAAGCCGGAUUCACGGGCGUACGAGGCGUACGAGUCGUACGCGUCGUACGAGUACCCGGUGCUUGUGCUGGCUUCUGCCCUCGCCAUAUUCCCGUGGCUGCUGGAGGCCUGCCGUAGUGGCGCCGCACCAGGACUUGAUGGCGCAGGAGUUUCGUGCCUCGCCUUGGUGAUCUCCAAGCGGGUCUUCCUCUACCUCCUAGCCUUGUGGGGCGUCUUUGUGGCGGCGAGACGAUCUGCAGCCCUGCCCGGGUCGCUCGGCGAGCGCCUGGUGGCGCUGACGGCGGAGCUCCUGGGCCUGGGCCCGGAGUUGUCGCCCGAGCUGAGGCAGGAAGCAGAGGAGCUGGAGAAGGAGCUGGACAGUGUCAGCGACACGCAGCAGGCACUGGGCCUCCCUUUGCUGCUCGGCGUGCUGCUGGUGGGCUCGCUGGCACUCCUCUCUGCGCAGGGCGCCGGCUCGGCUUCCUCCCUGUCCCAGAUGCUGCUACUGGGAACCUUUGUCUCCAAUGCGGCCUUCGCGUUCAUGGCUGUGAGGGUUGAAGUCCGGGCGGCGCUCGAGAGGAUCGGCAACUUCAAGGAGGACACCGCAGGCGCCAUUGCCCUGGGCAUCGCCGCGGCCGGCACUGGAGCAGCCUUCCUUCUCCCUCUGUCCUUGGCCUGGCCCGUGCAGAACAUUGUUAACCUGUGCAUUGUGAUCGCCACCUCGCGCGCCUUGGCCUUGCCGCGCUUUCAGACGGUGGUGCUGCUUCUUCUCGGCGUGGCAGCGUACGACGCGCUCAGUACCUUCGGCCCUUGGCUCGUUGUGGCUUUGGGGGGCGGCUCAGGACCUGGCGCCGUGUCUUCGUCCGCCAUGGCUCAGGUGGCGCUGUCGAAGCUUGGCACGUCAGACAGUUCUCUUCCGAGCUGGAGGCAACGGCACAAAUCCGUCGGCAGUCUCUGUUUGGAUGAUGGAAUCCCUGAGGCCGACAGAUACUUCCUGAAAGCCGGUGAGGGUGUCGACAUCCCGGUCGGCUUCGUAGAAUGCGACUGGUCCAGCGCACAGCUGAUGACGCAGUUCGCAGCCAUCAUCACCACCGAGGUGUUGGGAUACCACACGCACGUCCAUCCCGUAAGGGCCGCGGGCUCGCGGAAUGCUCUGUACGCGCUGGCGGGCUGCCAGGACUUCAACGAAGGGGCCGCCAGUUCUCAGGGCUGCGGCCAAGAGACACGGCUCCACGUGGCCCUCGACAUUUACACCUCGGCGCUGCAGAACGCGCCAGAGGACAUCGGAGAACGGUUUCCCCAGUCUGUCCCGGUGGAUUUGGGAGGGAUCGGCUUUGUGGGCGAGGAGUAUCUCUUCGUGCGGCGCGAGAUCCAAGACCUCGCGUACCAAUCUUCGGGGUUGACGCUGGACUACUACCGGACCUACAACGCGAGCCUCUCCCAUGCCGGCGCUGUGCGAGCCUUGUUCGACAGCGUGGAUGAUGUGCUACAGCCAGACAUGGUUGCGUGUGACAGGGCCGGAUCGAACUGGGUGCAGCAUGAGAUACUUGCCGAGUACGUCCGCUGGAGUGGCGAUGUUGCAGGAGUGCAGGAAGUCGGUGGCACAACUUCCCCGAAGUACGUCGCCAAGUGUCACGACAACCGCUGGUGGCCGGCUCCUGCAUGUAGGCACGACAUCUCAGAGUGCAUUCCGCUUCUUACGAGCGGCAGCUAUGGCUGGCUGCUCCCAUCCUUCAUGCAUCGCUCGGCUGCGUAUGCGCUUCCUGUUGCCCUCGGUAUCGUUGGGGAUUUCGAGCGGUACCAGUACUACGUAAGGAGCCUCAAGGUUCUCUUCUACUGGUGGAUCCCUGAUGGGACCUUCAUCGCCAUGAACCCGGAGGUCGUCCUCUUCCCGCGCUUCAGCGCGGCAGAGUGGGCCGAGGGCAACCGCCGCACCGAGCCGGCGUCCACGCAGAUUCUGAAGCUGGUCAGCGCCGACCUGCAGCAGAAGAGCCCCUUGAUGCACGCGACCCUCAGUGCUCUGACCUUCGACCGGGAUGAUGUCCAGAGUGCUAUUGGAGACCUGGACAGGAACAGCAGCUACGAGGUGGCUUGCAGCUGGCUUCGGCGAGAUAGCCGCUGGCGCCUGGCCGUGCCCCUGCGCACUCAAUGUGAAGAAGGCUUCGGGGUUGUCGACAAGCAAGGCCUGUUCCUAGCUUCCCGCGCUGGGGCGGCCCAGUGCAGCAUCUGUCCAGCAGGCACCUUUUCAGAGGCCUUCGAUGAUGCGAAAGGAAUCAGCCCAGUGAGACGGCCUGCAUGCCCUGCGAAGCAGGCAGUAUUGCAGCAGCGGCUGGUGCCCGAGCCUGCGAGCCUUGCGGCCCGGGAUCCUUCGCUGAGAGAGUGUGGCGACCGCCGCUGGACCACCAGUGAGUUCUUGAACACGUCGACCGGGGAGGUGUGGGUCCCGGUGCGAGGGGCAGCCUCGCAGAGCCUCUGCCGCUGCGUUGACGGAACUUACCUCGACGGCGGCUUGUGCAAGGACUGCCCGCCGGGCUCCGACUGCCCUGGCUCGGGACGCCUUGAGCUGUAUUUAGGCUUCUACGCGUCUUGGCACCAGCCGGGCGACGUCUUCGAGUGCUUCGAAAUCCCCGAGCGCUGCCCUGGUGGCGCGCCCGGCUCCUGUGCACGAGGCCGGGACAACACAAGCAUUGCUUGCGCAAGAUGCCUGCCGGGCUGGCGCGAAGAUCGCGUCCGCGGUGAAUGUGUGGCCUGCCACAGCAACGACUUUAUCGUGGCGUGCCUCAUCGGAGCCGCAUUACUGGUGUUUGCUGUGUCUUGGCAUAUGGUGAUGAUUUGGGCUGGCAACCGAAGCCAGUCGCGGCCUCUGGUCCUUGCUGGAAUAGGCAUGGGUCAAGUGGUCACCUUUGCGCAGCUCCUGUACGUGAUCAGUCAGUUUGGAGUGAAAUGGGGUGAGCCUUUCCUGACGCUGCUGAAAAUGCUCGAGGUUAUUGCUUUCGACGUGCUGCUCAGCUCCCUCAGCUCUGUACAAUGCUUUGCCGACUUCUCUGCACCCUUUCUUUUCGUCAUACAGACCUGCUUCUUCCCAUGCGUCCUUGUGGGCACCCUAGGGCUGACACACGUCUGCUACAGCCGGGUGCAAAGGUCGAAAGAGGUCCCCCUCCGCCUCUUGGGUCGCUCCUUCGGUUUUCUGGGAGUUCUCUUCUUCAUUGCGGCGUGCUCUGUGCUACUGAGACCCUUCCGCUGCCGUGGGCAUCCGAAUGGCCUGCAGACGGUGGAUGACUACCCUGACGUUUUCUGUGAUGGCAAAGGGGAGCAUCUGCAGAUGUGCUUGUUCGGGGCAUUCGCCUUGUUGGUCCCGUUGGCUUUCUUGUCGAUGUGUGCCUGGGUGAUUGUGAUCGAGUUCCCGCGCAAGGUGAGAGCUGCAGAUGCGAACUUCGUGCGUGCGUGGUCUUUCCUGGCUAUGCGUUUUCGGCCCGGCGCCCAAGGCUUUGCGGUACUCCUCUUGUUUCGCAACCUGCUCAUUGUCCUGUGCCCCUUGCUGCCCUCGGAGACGGCGCGGAUGCUGACCAUGAACUUCAUCUUGUACUUUAGCCUGUGUUGCUCUGCCUACGUGAAGCCGUGGCGGGUGCGGUUGAGCACCCACCUGGACCUCCUGAUGCACGCUGGGGCACUCACGAUCCUUGACAUCGGUGCCCUGUUUGUCCCCUCUGUAGACAGCCACAGCUCCAUGCUUGCGUGCGUGGUGAUUGCCGUGCUUGUCUCGACGUCGCUCAUGCUCGUGAGCCUGUAUGGUCUUCUAGGACAUCUUAUCGCCAAGACCCACAAGCGGUUUGCCUUUUUCAUGUGUCACCAUAAACAGGCAGCUGGCAGUUUGGCCAGAUUGCUCAAGAUUGAAAUCCAGCAUCGAGCAGCAAAGUUCACGACUUUCAUCGACUCGGACGAUUUGAAGGACCUGUCGAAGCUCUUCAACCAUGUCGCCCACGACGUGGGGAAAGUCAUCAUUCUUGGAAGCCCGGCCGUGCUGUCCAGGAAGUGGUGCGUGGGUGAGAUGGUCACCGCGAGGCAGCAGGGCAUCUCGAGCCUUCUCGUCGCGCUGCCCGGCUUCACCAUGCCGGAUGAUGCUUUCAUAAGGCACUACGCCUACGCCGUGGGGGACAUCAGAGACCUGUCCAGCCUGGGCAUCGGGCUCCCCGAGGUCAAUGCCACCUUGAGGUGGCUCUGGACACUGGAAUCGCUCGACUUAAGUGUCAUCAACGCUGACAGCAUCAACGAGGUGGUCACCAGCCUCACCCAGACCUCGGGCACCAGCAUCUGUCAAGGCUCCUGCCACUCCAAACCGGAGGACGUGGAUGCAGUGAUCCUUGCGAACCCUGAGGAUAUGGAGGCCGUGUCGACGGCCCUCGUGCUUUACGACCUGCUGGCCCCCUUUCUGGUGGGUUCUGCAAGCCUCAAGCUUGCCGUUCUCAUGCCAGACCAGCCAAUUCCGACUGAAGCGGUCUGUGCCGUCCUGGUCUGCAGCGACGGUGGUCUGGCUUCCAGGCAAGUUGCCGAGUGGCUGAUGCAGGCAAGCUAUUUGACCUUUUGUGCAAUUCUGCCUAUUCUGGUCUCGGAUGAGUUCCAGUUUCCGUCCCUGGCCUCCUUCCGAGAGAUCGCGAAGGGCAUCGAGAAUGGCGACACGGCCUCCUACUUCAGGAUCAUCAAGGCUGUUUUCCAGGAGGUGGCAAUCGUCUUCACACCCCACUCCUCUUCCGCAGUCGAACUGGACUUGAGGGUGCAACAGAUUGCCCAGCGUCUGCAGGAUGGGGACUCUCAGCCUCUUGCGUCGCGCUGCGCGUCCAUCCUCAUGGGGCGGGAUCGAGACGAUGAGCGAGAUGAGUUUGCUGCUUGCUUCACCAACAGCUAUGGCUUGAGCUUCGGCCUUGGCUCUUCCUACCUGCGCCCGAGAACACACUCCGUCAGCAAUGAUUCGCCUGAUGGCGAGAUGGUUGAGGAAGUCUUCUGA